UUGAUAUUUUUGAAACGUUAUCUAUCAUAUUCCACAAUUGAACGUGUUUAACUAUAAUGAAAUUCAACCGGUUUCGUAGUAAUAAUUAAAAAUGCUAAUAUUAAAAUAAUCACUCUGUCACCACUUUAAAGGCAAAAUAUAAAUCUUAGGCUACACCGAUUUAGCUUUAGAUGCCACUGAUGACAAUUCUUUACAUUACAGACAGAAUGUUUAUAAAUGUAGGCUAUUUGGAAUGUAAAAGGUUGGCUAUCGUCAUCAUAAAAACCUUUCAGUCUUUCUUCUUUGCUUCAUAGUGAUGGCUUUUAUUUCAUAUUAGGCAUAAUAUAAAAUGACCACCGUUUCAACUAGUGGGUAACUAUGGUUACCCUGGUAAAUCUUGGAAAGGGCAAUAAGCGCAAAGUGCGCGUGGCUCCGGGGUGGGUGGCUCGCGGGUCCUUUACAGAACGCUUACUCAAACGACUUUCCCGUCAAUAACAGCUUCGUCGCUCAUCUUUACUCGCUCAUUCAACACUCACACACUGGACCGGAGCAGGUUAGCUGUGUGGUUAUGCGUGUCUCGUGCCUUCUCUGCUCGGUGUACCAGCACCGCGCCCGAAUGGAAAUGUGUCUUCCGGGGAAAAGCUCCUUUCAGCCAACAAGACACCGAGCACAACAUGCCCCACAGCCUGGACAUCUAAUCUGCAGAUGUGUGCCUUUCUAAGAACGCAUGAUGUUUGAGACGGAGAUAUAUGGCCAGACCUAGUAUCCCGGAGGGAAAUCUGAUAGAGGCCGUAAGAGCUCAAACCCCAUCAUUUUGCUAUUUCAUUCUGAUUUAAGUGCCGUCGUUCAUGGACGUGCAAGCAGAGGCGGGUCCGCUGAACGUGCAGACGGUGGAUGAACCACCGGGAGGCACCACCGUUACCGUCGCCGCCGCAGAGAUUCAGGUCCAAACGGUGAUAGGCAGCGAUGGCGAGCUCGGUGAGGAUGACCUGCAGUCGGGCUCUGGUGCUGAAACACCGGCAGCGAGUGAUCCGAUCACAGAGAUCGAGAACGAGGAUGGUGCGCGGGCAAGGACGGACACACCGGCCGAGGACAUCGUCGGACAGAGCGUGGGGAAACCGGAAACAGUGGGCUCCAGUUGCAGCAACGAGAGCUGCAUCCCGACUCCAGGGUGUCGGAUUUGCUUUCAAGGAGCCGAGCAGGGGGAGCUGCUGAGCCCGUGCCGCUGUGCAGGAUCUGUCCGACAUGCUCAUCAGCAGUGUCUGCUCAAGUGGAUCAGUGAGAAGGGCUCCUGGAGCUGUGAACUCUGCAACUAUAGAUUCAACAUCCUGCCUAUACACAUCAAACCACCACAACAGUGGCAGACUGUCACCAUGACUCUGGUGGAGAAGGUUCAGGCAAUUGCAGUGUUUUUGGGUGGCAUCUUCCUGUUGGCCAGUGUAUCAUGGCUGCUGUGGUCAGCACUGAGCCCAGAAGCACUAUGGCAGCGCAGUGACAUCCUGUUCCAGAUCUGCUAUGGCAUGUAUGCAGUCAUGGACCUUGUGUGUAUCGGUCUGAUUGUUCAUGAAGGUGGUGCUGUGUACAAUGUGCUGAUACGCUGGCGAGCUGUUAAUCUUUUCUGGGACGUCCAGAACUACGAUAAAAGCCGAGACCUGGAGAGCACGCACAGCCCGCACCGCAACCUGUGGCUGCCUCUCACACACACACAUACUGUCUCCAACACAAACUCACAGACCACCCGACUGGAGUCAUCGCCUCCAUGCCCCCUCCGCCUCCUCUCCAUGUGCCUGAAUGUGACCUCUGACCUCUCCCCGCAGGAGCAAGGCUCAGGGGAGCUGGUUGUUAGGGUCACGUCAGUUUGACAUCAAAUGAAACUCUUUCAGGGAUCAAUCUAUAUCGUCCUCUGUGGGAGUGGCUAACCAGUGGGAGGAGCCUAAGUGUUGGGAGGAGCCUUACUUGAAAAGCACUUUAGAAGAUAAGCAAACUGAAUUAAAUACAGUAUUAAGUUGUAUUGUAUACUGAACAGGUGUUUCCAGCCUGAAGUUCGGAAUCAGCCUUUGAGCAUCUAAAUAAGACUGCAAAGCUCUCCGCACACACACAGACUGAUUCAAAAUGAUAAUGCACACAAAAUGUAUAAAUGCUGUUAGACGAAUGAAUGUUUGUUUUAAACCAAUUGUUUUUAUGUUAAGAUUUUUAAUAAUUUCAGUACUGAUAAACUACAACUUAUCACUGCAGCUGUUCAUUAAGCUUCACCUGCCAUAUUGUACAGGUACCACAGUUACAGGCUUUUUCACAUUAAGCUGCAUUCCCACAACUCCGACAUGACGUUUUGCUCCGUAGUGGCAGCUGCAUAAAACUUUCAAAUUGGUUGUGAAGCAGCCACUACUAUUAGCUUAUUCACUAUGCUAAAUAUAAUACAUAAUGUUUCUCCAAAAAAAACAAAUGAGCGACGAUAAUGACAAAGCGGAAAAUUUUUUCAAAAAAUCGCUAAAAAGAUAAAUGCAAAAAAAAAAAGACUUUUAGAUUAAUGCAUCUAGCAGACACUUUAAUCCAAAGAGAUUUACAAUGACGGAG